CACUAGCAUUUGAAACUACAUAAGAUAUAUUAUUUGAUAUCUCCUUGGUGGUAGGAACCAGCCAAAUUCAGACCCAGGGAGAAAUGAAAUGGCUGAGAGUUUGCACUGUAUGCUUUCCUGAAUGAUGCAGAAGGGAAAACGGACUUGCUCUUCACAAUGUCGAAACGAACGAGAGAUGUUUGUGAAGGAACUACACCCACAAAGAAAUUGAAUACUGGAAGCACAGAAGAAUUUGAUACGAGUGAAGCCAACGAGAGAAAUGAGCAAACUGCAAUCUGUGGUGAACACAGCGGGCUUUAUCCACAUAGACCCUGGAAUGCAUAUCAAGUGGGAAUUAUUGAAAGUAUUUCAUUGAAAAAUUUCAUGUGCCAUACUUUCCUUAAAGUUGUUUUUGGGCCCUAUUUCAACUUUGUGAGUGGGAACAAUGGAAGUGGAAAGAGUGCUUUACUGACCGCUCUUAUAAUUGGACUUGGAGGGAAAGCUAUGACCACGAACAGAGGACACUCCAUCAAGGAUUUUGUGAGAACUGGUCAAAAUUCUGCAUGCAUUUCAAUAGCCUUGAGAAACCAGGGACCUGAUGCUUUUAAACCUGAAUUAUAUGGCAAAGCUAUCAUUGUGGAACAAACUAUUUCUACACAGGGAACAAGACAGUACAGAUUAAAGAGUGAAUCAGAGCGUGUAAUUUCUAGAAAGAAGGAAGAACUCAACAUUAUAUUAGAACAAUUCAAUAUACAGGUGGAUAACCCAGUCUCUAUUUUAAAUCAAGAAAUGAGUAAACUUCUGUUAAAAUCAAAAAGUGGAACAGAAAAAUAUAAGUUUUUCAUGAAAGCUACUCGACUAGAACAAAUGCAAGAAGAUUAUUCUCAAAUACUGCAGACCAAGACAAUAACAAUGGAGAAGAUUGCAGAGCAGGAUGAAUACCUAGCAGAACUAAAGAAGAAAGUCAAGGAAUUGGAAAGACGCUAUCAAGACCUUGAACGUUUGAAUGAUCUGGAGGAGAAACUAGAGCAGCUCAAAAAUCAGAUGGCCUGGGCAUUGGUCAUUGAGAUUGAAAAGGAGUUGGAGUCAAUAAAAGAUUGUCUUAACAGAGAACAAAUAAGUGAGAUUACAUGUAAUCAAAAACUAGAAGAAUGGCAGGCCAAGGUGAACUUUGCAGAACUAAAACUUAAAGCACCUCAGGAUCAGUUGCAGAAAAUUACAGAUGUCAAAGUACAGAUACGAAAACAGCUCUUUACUGUGAAGGAAAGCAUGCAAAAAAAGAAGAAAGCAUAUCAAGAAAGUGAGGCCACAUUCCACCUCUGCAAGUCCCAGCUGGAACAGCUUGAGAAAGAUCAUAAUCGAUUACAGAGGCAACUUGAAGAAUUGAGUAGGGGAGGUCAAAGUUCACAAACUAACCUCACUGAACCAAAGAAUGGAAUUAACAACCUUCAACAGCAACUGAAACCACUAAAGCAAGAGGAAGCCACAACCUUACAGCAAAUCGAAAACUGUUACAAUGCAAUCAGCAACUUGAAAGAUGAGCAGGAUAAUCUGAGACAUGAGGAACAAAGUUUGAAGAAUAUGGUUCAGUCCAAGGAAAGUGAGCUGAAUAAACUGAAGGCCAGUGGAAUGGACUGGUUGAAACGCUUCAAUGAAAAUAUGCCUGUAUUUCUCCAGAAAGUAGAGGAAGCCCAUAAACAAGGCCGUUUCAGGAAGAAACCAAUUGGCCCUUUAGGUGCUUGCUUCAAGUUGAAAUAUCCUGAAUUGGCUUUGGCAGUUGAAAGUUGUUUGAAAGGACUACUGCUUUCAUUUUGCUGUGAUAACUACAGAGAUGAGCAGGUGCUACAGAGUUUGAUGUCAAAAUAUUUCAAUUCAGGAAAACGACCCCAAAUUAAUGUGUGUGAGUUUUCAAAUCAAGUGUACAACAUAAAAAACAGAGCUGUUUACCAUCCAGAAUUCCCAACAGUUUUUGAAUCCUUAGAAAUAAGCAACCCAGUGGUGGCAAACUGCUUCAUCGAUUUGAGGAACAUUGAAAGAAUCCUGAUAAUCAAAAGUAACAGCAGAGCUCGUGAAAUUAUGCAGCAACAAAGACCACCCGCAAACUGCAGAGAAGCCUUUACUGCAGCAGGUGACCAGGUUUUUCCCAACCGCUACUACUCCUCAGAAAAGGACAGGGCAAGAUACUUGGGUGGUGAUGUGGAAUCCGAAAUCAGGGAACUGGAGGUGGAACUAAAUGAUAAGAAAUCCCAGUUAUUACACUGUCAACAGCGAUCGAAUUCAAUAAAGGAUGAAAUAAAGUUAGUUUACACCAAUAUCAGCAAUACUCAAAAGAAAAGGAGACAAAUCCAGGAAAGAAUAACUAAAAUUAUGCUGGAAAUUGGAGAUUUAGAAAACAUUGAGGACCUCCAGCCAUUUCAUAUUCCUACAUUAAGAAAAGAAGCCCAAGACAUCUGCCACAGAAUUGCGUCGGCCCAAAAUAACUUGGAGCAGGCAAGAAUGGAUUUGGACGUACAUCGAAAGUUAUUGGAAGAGGAUGAAAAGAAAUACAAAGAGGUACAAGGGAAAGAACAUUCGGUGGCAGAAGAAAUAGAUUCAACAAAGGAAGAGCUAAGUAAAGUGGACACAGAGAUCGAAACAUAUAAACAGAAGGAAAAGCAUUUCAAAGAGAAAAGAAAUAAACAUCUGGAGAGAAUAAAUGAACUAAAAAAGAGGUUGGAAAGUAAAGAACGUAUUUUAGAGCGAGAUAUUGCGAAAGCCAGGCAGAUUUGUGCACAGCGAUUAGAAGUCACUCGAAAUCCCAAGAGUAUUGAUGAGGAGAUCAAUCGCUUGAGGAGAGUGAUCAAUAAGGCACAAGAAGUCCAUGGGAACAAGGAAGAAACUACAAGGCAGUACUUCGAAAGUUUGAAAUUGCAAAAGAACAUCCAAAGCGAGGUUAAGAGCCUGAAGACGUUUAUGCAGUUGAUCGAUGAAAUAAUGAAAGAAAGGCACAAAGCAUAUGAAAGCUUCCUGAAGUUCAUGUCAAUUCGCUGCAAACUUAACUUCAGUAUUUUGAUGUCUAAGCAACAGUAUUAUGGAAUGAUCAAAUUCGACCAUAAGAACAGAGAUCUUUCAAUCACGGUUGAGCGUGGAGAAGGAACGAAGACAGGACAAAAUGACAUGAAAUCCCUUUCUGGAGGUGAACACUCAUUCUCAACUGUUUGCUUCAUUCUUUCGCUGUGGGAUAGCAUAGAAUCUCCUUUCUGUUGUCUGGAUGAGUUUGAUGUUUAUAUGGAUAUGGUUAAUCGCAGGAUUUCCAUCGACCUGAUAUUGCGGGUGGCAGCAUCUAUACAGUGUGACCAGUUCUUCUUUUUCACUCCACUGACGACAGGUUUCUUGCCUAAAGGUGACCAAAUCAGAACCUUUCAUCUGCAUGAUCCUGAAAGAGGGCAGACAACACUACCCUUUGCUUCUCCGGAUGAACCUGAAGACUCAGAUGAUUAAAUAAACAUUGACUUUUAUAA